AUGGUAUGUGAGGACUUGCCAAAGGAAAUGUGCACUUUCUCAAUAGCUUCAUCAGGAAAGAGAUGUUUGUUGGAGACAGAGAAAGGCAUCAAUGGUGAAAUUGAGUAUCAAUGUAGAACAUCUGAAGUUGUGGUGGAGAGAAUGGCGGAGUACAUCGAAACCGACCAAUGUGUCGAGGCAUGCGGUGUUGAUAGGAAUUCUGUUGGUAUUUCAUCUGAUGCUUUCUUUGAGCCACAAUUCACCGGCAAACUUUGCUCCCCAACUUGUUAUGAGAAGUGUCCUAACAUUGUUGACCUUUUCUUCAAUUUGGCAGCUGGAGAAGGAGUAUUUUUGCCGGAACUUUGUGAAAAACACAAGACAAACCCUCGUCGUGCUAUGGUUGAACUUGUUAGCUCUGGAGCUGCAUUUGGCCCUAUUUCAUCGAUUUCAUAUGACAUUGUGUUAGCACCUUCACCAGCACCCAUUUUGGAUACUAAUUCAGAGGACAAUGUAUCAAAAUUGAAACAUAUCUUCUGCAAAGGAUUGAAUCUCACUCACUCAUCAGUCUCUACCAUAUGUGGUUAAA